UAUGGGUGCUCCACUCAUUUGUUUCUUUGACAAACGGGUACAGAGCGGAGAGUGACAUGGCGUCGACCAGCCGUGGAGAUGCCCUGGCUCUGCCCAGAGUUCAAUGUCCCAACCACCCUGAAGCCAUUCUGGUGGAGGACUACAGAGCGGGGGACAUGAUCUGCCCUGAGUGCGGCCUUGUCGUAGGUGACCGUGUGAUCGAUGUGGGUUCAGAGUGGCGGACGUUUUCAAAUGAGAAAGCCCUGAAAGACCCAUCCAGAGUAGGAGACGCCCAGAAUCCACUGCUUAAUGGAGGAGACCUGACCACCAUGAUCAGCAAGGGAACUGGUGCAGCUAGUUUUGAUGAGUUUGGAAACUCCAAGUACCAGAACCGGCGGACAAUGAGCAGCUCCGACCGGGCCAUGCUCAACGCCUUUAAAGAGAUCAGCACAAUGGCAGAUCGCAUCAACCUGCCAAGGAACAUCAUAGACAGAACAAACAACUUAUUCAAGCAAGUUUAUGAACAGAAGAGCCUGAAGGGCCGAGCCAACGAUGCCAUUGCUUCAGCCUGUCUCUACAUCGCCUGCAGACAAGAAGGUGUACCAAGAACCUUUAAAGAGAUAUGCGCCGUCUCCAGAAUCUCCAAGAAGGAAAUUGGUAGAUGUUUCAAGUUGAUCCUGAAGGCACUGGAGACCAGCGUGGACCUCAUCACCACGGGUGACUUCAUGUCCCGCUUCUGCUCAAACCUCGGGCUGCCCAAACAGGUGCAGAUGGCGGCCACCUACAUCGCCAGGAAGGCUGUGGAGCUGGACCUGGUGCCGGGCAGGAGCCCCAUCUCUGUGGCUGCAGCAGCCAUUUACAUGGCGUCCCAGGCAUCUGCAGAGAAAAAGACCCAGAAAGAAAUCGGAGAUAUUGCUGGAGUCGCAGACGUCACAAUCAGACAGUCGUACCGACUCAUCUACCCGCGUGCCGCAGAACUUUUCCCUCCAGAUUUCAAGUUUGACACACCGGUCGACAAACUGCCCCAGCUGUGAAGCAGAUGCUGUCUACACUCUUAUUUUUUUUCUGCUGUACUUAGAGGAUCGUGCUCUUUUUUUAUCCUAUUUUUUUGUUGAACUUUGGAAGAUUUUUGUCUCUUCUAAGGACUUUAAAAGCCUUUUAUGAAGGUGCUUUGACAGGAAGAAAUCAGACACACAUUCCAGUGCUUAAAGAAACAAGCUUAGACUGUGCUUACAGUAUUUCAUUUGAGUGUAUAUACUGUACUAUGUAUAAAGGGCUGCAAGUAAUGAUUAUUUUCAUUACUGUUCAAUCUGUCAAUUUGUCUUGUACAUUAAAUGCAGAAAAUGGAAAAAGAUUUCCCCCAAACAUCAAAAUAACAAUGUUCUUAAAUGUUUUUUUCCCCAAACCAAAGAUCUUCAGGUUACAGUCAGAGGAAAAAUUACAUUUAAGAAGCAUAUGCAGAAUUUAUAAAACCAUACUCGAUUAAUUUAGUAAUGGAUGACUUCUUGAUUUAUUGUUGCAGCCCCCUACAUGUAUAUGUGUCCAAGUGAGAAAGUGUAAUUGAUGCUUGUAGAUUUUAGGCUGGUUUCAUACUGUAUUCAUAAUUUGUCUGUAGAAAAACCUUGUUUCAAGUAAUUUAAAAAAACAAAACAAUUUUCAUUAAAGCAUUAUAUGAUCUGCU